AUGAAGAGGAUUCGCAGGGGUACUACUGAAGCUUCAUCAUCCCGACCUAAUAGACAGCGUCCCACGGCCUCAGCGAGGAGACAGAGAGCGGCUCCCCAAGAUCACAUUGAGGAUACUAUAGAGGUUGAAGAUGUAGUUCCUACUGAUUAUAGUAAUGUUGACGCAGAGGUUGAAGAUGUAGCUACUACUCAGGAUAGUAAUGUUGAGGUACAUGCUGAGCCUACUAAGCCAUCUCGAGUAGGUCCCAUUGAUCCAUCUUUACUUACGAGUUUUAAAACUCACAUAGCAGCUGCAAUUUGGAAUAACCAGGAACGUGAGCCCCUUAGGUGCAUGUCGAAAACAUCUACCCUUCGUGAGUGGAAUUGGUGGGGUAAUCCAAAUAAUGGCAUUCCUGUGUCUGGUGCAGCGGUUGCUCCUCUUGGAGAUGACGACGACACAAAUUUUGAGUUGUUAGUUAAGUACUUAGGAGUGAUUGAUGAAAAGGCUACUGAACAAUUGCACCAAUACAGUGAUGAGUAUGUGAGUUUGUCAUGGUUACGGGCGCGAUUCUCCAAUGUUUCAGACACAGAUUCAGAGGAGUACAUCAUGUAUUCGGCCAGAGCAUAUUUGCUAUAUCUCUUGGGUUGCACUUUGUUUGUUGACAAGACUGGCACAAGAGUCCAAAUUGUGUACUUUAGACUACUUAGAAACCUUGAUAGUGUUGCUGGUUAUUCAUGGGGUUCUGGGUGCUUAGCAUGGUUGUAUAUACAAUUAGGCCAAGCUUCAAGGUCUAAGGUGAAGCAGAUUGCUGGGUACAUGACCUUUGCUGGAGGCAUGGGUGUAUGA